GUUCCCGCCGGAAGUUGGGGGCCGCUCCGUACUUUAAAAAGUGUCUAUGGUGUUUUAUGUGUGAUUCCUCCACACAGUUUAGGUUUGGGAUUCGCUCGCAAGUUCGGGCUUUGUGACAAUGGAGGGCAGCGGCCUGGUUCGGCGGAUCUCCCUGAGGAGAGAAGAUGGGGCUGGAUGCCUUGGCUACUGAGGGUGAAGGAUGCUCUGGCCUCUCUAGGAAUAUCUAGGUCCUCCAGCUCAACUCUAUGGUCAACCUUCGGCUGUAAUAUACUGUACUUGACAGAACAUUGUAUGGAUACAGCAACAGGUUUAGGUCGCACUUCUGUAUGCAGUUACUAUUCUGCCCCAUUAAACCCAGUGAGGCUUAAGCCUGAGUAAAGCUAUACUGUUAAUGGGGGUUACUCUCAAGUAGAUGCAUAUAGAACCACAUACAUAUUUACUUGGGGAGAAGUGCCUCUGAGACCUUGGGGUUGCCACAAUUCUCUACUACAAACCGGGACAAAAUGCAGGACAAUUGUAGGACAAAAUUUAGCCCAAAAUGUAGGACAUUUCAGGGAAAUGGAGGAUCUUAAAUGCCCUACAUUUGGGUCUCAAUUUCGUCCCACAUUUUGUCCCGGUUUGUAGUAGAGAAUUGUGGCAACCCUACUCUGAGUCAGCUGCAUGGGAUCUUACUGUUGUGCUAUAGGUUUACCGAGGGCGAAAUCUGCACAAAAUUAUAGCCUUGCCUUUCCUACUGAAAAACAAAAUCAACGAUUGAAGAACUGUCCCAGUCACCAUUGAUGCGAACGCAUUGAAGAUACCAGAUUGGUCCAUAAUGGAGACGCUUUAUUUCUCCCUCAAAGAGAUGUACGACAAUGUUCUGGUAGAUGCCCUCUUAGGAAAAGACAGCCGUGAAUACGCAGCACUCCUGAAUCCUUACGUUUCGUUGCACUUCUCAGGAGAAAACAAGGGAACGUGUCUAUUUUCUCCCAAGUCUGAUUCUCCAAACUCUCCUGCUCUAGACUUUCUAUCCUUUAAGGGAGAUUGUAAAUCUGGUGCUUCUGAAAACAGGAGCCAUUCAAGAUAUGACGCAGGGGAAAUUACGUUGUUUCAGUUAACCUUGGUCAAGAUGAUUCUUACUAAAGCGCGAAGCCAAGAGCUGGAAACUGGAACAAAGCAGAAGUACCUUGAGAUUGUUAGAAUCCUUCUGAAAGAAGCCCACAUUGACUCAAAAUUAAUUCAUUGCGUGUGCAGUCCUGAUAAGCAGCUCUCUUAUUUGGCAUCCAAAAGUUUGGUCUCCCUUGUAUGUUUUCAGCUAAAGGAAGAGCAUUUGCUGAACAGUCACUGGCUGGCUUUUUCCUCAGAGGUUUUGUUGGGAUUUCCCAGUAGCAACUGGAUAGCAGAAUGCCUGUGGAUUCUUACGAACGUGAUUAAAGAAAUUUUGAAAGAUGAAGGCUUGUGCAAAGAAGGUGACCUGAAGAAGCUUCUGAUGCCAGUUGAUGAGACACUGAAUGGCUUUUACAACACUCUCAUGUUUUAUUAUUCUGAUAUCACGCAAGAUAUUCCAAUCUCUGCAAAAGCCACAAAUGACUUGAGCAGUUUCCUAGACCUCCUUGAACUACUUGUAGCCUCUAGAAUUCAGAUGCCACUUAACCUUUCCUGCCAGAGGAUGUUGUUUUUGAAUGCUUCUUGUGUUUUGGGUCUUGCUACUGCCCCUGUUCAUGAUUUCAUCAAGAAAAAGUCUAUCAUGCUGCUUAAAAAAUGCAUUCUUCAUAAAGCUGGUGAAGACCUAAUAAAGAGAAAAGCUCCUUCCUCCCACCAGGACCUUCAUAUCAACACUGAUACAUCAGCGUUUGCUGAUGCUUUCCUGCAGUUUGUGAAUUCUGGGUGGCUGAACAGGCUGACUGUUAGUGGAAAGGCCAGCCAUUUUGGAGGCAGUCAGGUUAAGCCCGAAGUGGAUAUCUGCAGCAGUGCUGAUCAAGUGACCCUAAGAGCCUUAAGCUUGGUUCUUCUUAAAGCUUUAGAGAUAAAGAUCCAGGACUCUGCCUUUGAAGCUGAAGCCAAAGCUCAUUUGGAGAGUGGUAUGUAUCCACUGCUGAAGUUUUUAGAACGAUACCUAAGACCUUCUCUCUGUGUUGAUCUGUUGGAACAUCCUUGCAUAUGGCUUUCUGUGCUGUUUAUAGAACAAGAUGAUGACCUGUUUGAAGCCUCAAAUGCAUUAUUGUCAAUUCAUUUAAAGUUUCAGAGGUUCUGGAGUGAAGUUGGUUUUGCCACGUGCCAUUUGAAUGGAGGACCUCUAGACACCUGGACACAUCAGAAUGGCUGCAAUCCACACUGUAUCUUUUUAUUUCUACUAAAAAGUAUAGCAUUUGAUGCCAGCGUUCUUCUCGAUUUCUUGAUUUCAUCUGAAACCUGUUUCUUGGAGUAUUUUGUAAGAUACUUAAAACUUCUUGCAGAAGACUGGCACCAGUUUCUCAAAAUUUCUAUACUCCCCAAACCCACAGUCAGCAGAGAUUUUGGUUUUCCUCUGUCAUGCCAGCCAAAAGGUCCAUACGACUCACAUUUGCAGAGUACUUCUUGUGAUCCUCAUUCGUGUACGGCAACACUUCUAACCUCUUCCCAGAACUUACCUUCAUCAUGGCAUGUUGUCAGUCAGUCUGUAAAACCUACCAGGACUAACUUGUUGCUGGAGUCUGAUAACACGCCUUUACUGGGGCCCUUUCAGCGGCUGGUUGAUUAUGAAAGCUCAGAAGACUCUGAAGCAGAAUGUGUGGAAGAGUGUUUGACAGAAACAAAGCAGCCAUCUUUAAAUAAUCAAACCUGUACAGGUGAAACUAACUUUAUGGAAGUGGAUGACCGAGGAGAAACCUCAAAGCAAAAUGUGUUACCUCUGGAUCACAAAGACAGGAAUACCACUUCAACUACUUGCUGCCAGAUAUCCCCAAAUACUCCUGAACCAACAGAAGAAGUGCUUCAAAAGUCUGUGAAAUGUUUCCAAGAACUUGAAGAACUGAUUUCUAAACUACAUAAAAGAAAUCUAUUUCCGUAUAAUCCAAGUGCACUCCUGAAGCUCUUGACUCGAGUUGUCAGUCAGUAAGGUAUAUAGAUCCGCCGCGAAGCCGUCAGAGUGUAAGGACAUGCAAUGGCAAUAUCACCACCCACUUAUUAACAUUGAAAUAAUGUUUCCCGAAGAUUAACAUGUAUCUAAAAACCGUUGUCAGAGAUUGUUAUCAGAGAUAAUUAUUUGAAAUCUGGUCUAAAUGGCUGCAGAAGGCUCUUUAUAGCUGCAAAUCCAUUGAUUUAGCUACAAAGGAGUUUGCAAUUUGUGAUAUGGAUAAUGGGAGUCUUCAGGGAUAUAUAUAUAUAUAUUUAAUAAAACUUUAUUCUUGGCAUUCAA